AUCAGAGCAAGAACCGCGGAAUCAAUAAUGAAUGUACAUGAUGCCGCUUGCUUUGCUAGCUAUAUUCACAUCGUUUUGCGCACCACCACCACCUCUACCUUAAUUCCUCCCAUCUCUCUAUAGAGUAUAGGUUUCUUUAUUGUCUCUCUCCGCAAGAAUUCUUAAUGCAUUUCCUCUCAUCAACAACUUGUACGUAGUACCCAGCUAUCACACCAUACUUUAAUAAAUUCCUUAUUAAUCAUUCUUCUCCCUUUACUAAUCCCUAUAUAUAUCAACCCUCAUUUGCUUCCAUUUUCAACAUCAACAUCUCCCAAUCCAAACAGCAAACACAUUACAAUCAAAAUCAUCAACAACUUCUCCAGUCCUCCUCCUAUCUUCUAUAAGUUUGAUCAAAGAGCAUAUUAAGAUGACUGCAACAAGAGCUAUUAAGAAGAUUUUAUGUUGUGGAUUGAAGAAUUCAUCAUCAAAAUCUGCGAAUCAACUCCCACAAGGUCAUGUUAGAGUAUAUGUUGGUAAAGAAGAAUUUCCAUGCAAAUUUGAAGUUGAAGCUAAUUAUUUAAACCAUCCACUCUUUGAGAAUUUACUUCAAUUAUCUGUUGAAGAAUUUGGCUACUCAUAUAAUGGUGCAUUGAGGAUAGCGUGUGAAAUUGAUCUCUUUAAAUAUCUUCUUGAUCUUCUUAAAUCAAGAAAUCCAGUUGCUCAUUACAUGGAGUUACAAGAUCUUAUAUCUAAAUUCUAUAGCAUUAGAAAAAAGGGUUCUCAAUAGAAAUUUAAUUAGUUUCCCUUUUUCAUUCUUUUUUCUUCUA